AAGGCUGAUUUCGUACUGGACAGCUCAGCGUUCGCGCGAAAAAGAAAAGAAAGUAGAAAAUAUAUAGUGAGAUAAAAAAUUUUGAAAAAAUGUCGCGGAUUUUGGCGGUCACGUUGUUCGCGGUAUUUUUGAUCGCCUCACGGGCGGCGGGAGAUGGAAGUUCAAAAGAAGAUAACAUGUUUAGUGUAUCUGAGAGUCCAAAUCUGCUACUAAAUUUUAAACAAACUGCAGAAGUUUCUGACGUGACGGAUGGUGUUCCAAGAGAUGAAGGAACAAACCAGGAACCCUUUAAAACUAGAGCACUCUCAGAUCCUGAAGCACUCCCAGAAGGUGCAGCAGAUACAAAUCCUGGAGCACUCUCAGAAGGUGCAGCAGAUUCGGAUCCUGGAGCACUCACAGCAGGUGCAGCAGAUUUAAAUCCUGAAGCACUCUCAGAAGGUGCAGCAGAUUCGGAUCCUGGAGCACUCACACCAGGUGCAGCAGAUUUAAAUUCUGAAGCACUCUCAGCAGGUGCAGCAGAUUCAAAUUCUGAAGCACUCCAAGAAGGUACAGCAGAUACAAAUCCUGGAGCACUCUCAGCAGGUGGAAUAGAUUCAAAUCCUGAAGCACUCUCAGCAGGUGCAGCAGAUUCAAAUUUUGAAGCACUCUCAGCAGGUGCAGCAGAUUUAAAUCCUGGAGCACUCUCAGCAGGCGCAGCAGACUCCAAUCUUGAAGCACUCUCAGACGGUGCAACAUCCAAAUUGGAUGGUGAAUCCAACGGAACAGAAUUAAGUUCCCCAGUAUCCGAUGGCAAAACCUCAGAGUCUGCCGAUCCUUUGCAAUUGCCCGGUGUAAAUGGUAUCCCGGCUCCAAAUCCUAUAGGAAUGCCAGCCGAUCCUUCCGGUUUAAAUGGGUUCCCGCCUCCAAAUCCUAUGGGAAUGCCAGCCGAUCCUUCCGGUUUAAAUGGGUUCCCGCCUCCAAAUCCUAUGGGAAUGCCAGCCGAUCCUUCCGGUUUAAAUGGGUUCCCGCCUCCAAAUCCUAUGGGAAUGCCAGCCGAUCCUUCCGGUUUAAAUGGGUUCCCGCCUCCAAAUCCUAUGGGAAUGCCAGCCGAUCCUUCCGGUUUAAAUGGGUUCCCGCCUCCAAAUCCUAUGGGAAUGCCAGCCGAUCCUUCCGGUUUAAAUGGGUUCCCGCCUCCAAAUCCUAUGGGAAUGCCAGCCAAUGCUUCGGAAUUUCCCGGUUCAAAUGACAACCCCGCUUCAAUUCCUACGGGAACACCAGAACAAAUGUCCACUCUUGCCCCCGUCGGUCCUAUUAUACCGGUGGUAGACGAAAAUCAGGAAACGACUAGCGGUAUCGUGGGUAGUAUAACUUCCCUCUUAUCGCCGAUCACCAAAGUCUUUUAUCAGUUCAUCGACAGUCUACUGAGAAACGUAUUCGACGAGAAGCUACCGUGUAACAUAUAUUCCUUCAUACCACUGAAUAUCGAAUGUACGCCGUUUGUCAAAGACGAAUAAUCUAAGACGACUUUGUGAAUGAGUAGGGACGCACUGGUGAAAAAUAAAAAUGUACUGAUACGAAAUGAA